CACUGGAUGACACAGGGGUGGUGAAGAAGACAGCGACAUCUCUCUCAGCGUUCUUCAGCAAUGUCAGCUACCUGACAGGAAUGCAGAAUCGUUCUGGUUUUCUUCCUGCCUCUCUCUGUUGAUCCACGCUGCUCCUUUGACAGAUUGUCACCAUGAAUUCUCUGCUGAUCACUGCUCUUCUGCUCCCCCUGGCGAAUGGCUUCCAACCAGAAUGUGAGAUCCCAUGGGAGAGGGAGCGAUGCAUCCAAAAACUGAGCCAAGAAGAUCAAACCGCUUUCGACUGUCCAGGAAUGUGGGACAACAUAACCUGCUGGCCGAAUGCAGCUUUUGGUGAAGUCAUUUCCGUCGCUUGCCCAGGAUACUUCAGACUCAUUAACACCGAUAACGAUUUGGGGUUAGUCUACAGGAACUGCACAUACGAAGGCUGGUCGGAAACCUUUCCCCAUUACUAUGAGGCAUGCGGCCUUGACGAAAAUAUCACUGAGAUUGGAGACCAGCUCUUGCAGGGUCAGUAUUACGUGUCCGUCAAGGCUCUCUACACGGUGGGAUACAGCACCUCCCUGGUCUCCCUGGCCAUCGCUAUGAUCAUACUCUGCCGCUUCAGGAAGCUUCACUGCACCCGGAACUACAUCCACAUGAACCUCUUUGUCUCCUUCAUCCUACGAGCCAUUUCUGUCUUCAUCAAGGACGCCAUCCUGUACUCGGAGAGCGAGGGGAGCCACUGCUCCGUCUCCACGAUCCAGUGCAAGGCCAUGAUGGUCUUUUUCCAUUACUGCGUGAUGUCCAACUACUUCUGGCUGUUCAUCGAGGGACUCUACCUCUUCACCCUGCUGGUCGAGACCUUCUUCCCUGAGCGCCGAUAUUUCUUCUGGUACAUCCUCAUUGGAUGGGGGACGCCCACAAUUUGCGUCGUCAUCUGGACUGUGCUUCGUGUGCAUUUUGAUGAUUCAGGCUGCUGGGACACCAAUGAACACCGGGCCCUGUGGUGGGUUAUCAAAGGACCAGUCAUUGCCUCGAUCAUGGUCAACUUCAUCCUCUUCAUCGGAAUCAUUUUUAUCCUCGUUCAGAAGCUUCAGUCACCUGACAUGGGGGGCAAUGAGUACAGCAUCUACUUAGAUACAGCGUGGAACAGGCUCGUCCUACCCAACGAGCCACGCCACCCAGCAACCCAUCGAUUUAACCCUAGCCUAUUCACAGGGUAAUUCAUAAUGACCAAUUCACCUACUAACCAGUAUGUCUUUGGAUGGUGGGAGGAGAACACGCGUUCACGGGGAGAAUGUACACCCUCUCUACAGAUGUUAUUUAUACAGUGCGGAACAGACCCUCCUGGCCCUUCGAGCCACACCACCCACCAGUCCCCGAGUUAACCCCGGCCUAAUCACGGGACAAUUCACAAUGACCAAUUACCCUACCAACCAGUACGUCUUUGGACCGUGGGAGGA